AGGUGAUGGGAGCUACUUGCGUGUAGCUGUGAAUUCUGGCGAGCAGAACUUCCAUGAUGUUGCCUGUAGUACGGUAUCACGUAUUGUCGAUACUUUAUCAGAAAUAAAGUACAGCGUGGGAAGUAUUUCGAAACCGAGCUUGUUUUUGUGAACUGAAGUUUAAAAAGAAAUUUAGGAAAGUUCGAUCGACGAGAGAGGCAAACCGUGGUAAUCUACCGCUUCCAGCCACUUUCUGACUCUACCUUCGCAGUCCCCCACUGCGGCAGCUCCCUGCCAGGAUCAGGAAUAGUUAUCUGCUUAGUCUCAUCCUUCAUAUUUGGCAAUCUGAGGAAAAGGUCUGAGCCAGCAUGAAGACAGAAUCCCCUCUUCAAUAGAGAAAAACUUUCUGCCUGACGCAGUUCAUUUCAAGAAGUGCACGAUGACAGAGCGUGGAAUUAAAUGGGCUUGUGAGUAUUGUACAUAUGAAAAUUGGCCAUCUGCAAUCAAAUGUACCAUGUGUCGUGCUCAGAGACCUAGUGGAACAAUUAUCACAGAAGAUCCAUUUAAAAGUGGUUCAAGUGAUAUUGGUAGAGACUGGGAUCCUGCGAGCACUGAAGGAGGGAGUAGUCCUUUGAUAUGUCCGGAUUCUAGUGCAAGACCAAGAGUUAAAUCAUCUUACAGUAUGGAAAGUGCAAAUAAAUGGUCGUGCCACAUGUGCACGUACUUGAACUGGCCAAGAGCGAUCAGGUGUACUCAGUGCUUGUCUCAACGUAGGACCAGAAGUCCCACGGAGUCUCCUCAGUCUUCAGGUUCUGGUUCCAGACCAGUCCCUUUUUCUGUUGAUCCAUGUGAGGAAUAUAAUGACAGAAAUAAACUAAACACAAGGGCUCAGCACUGGACUUGUUCUGUUUGUACAUAUGAAAACUGGGCAAAGGCCAGGAAAUGUGUUGUUUGUGAUCAUCCCAGACCUAACAACAUAGAAGCAAUAGAACUGGCAGACACGGAAGAGGCUUCUUCAAUCAUAAACGAGCAAGACAGAGCUCGAUGGAGAGGAAGCUGUAGUAGUGGUAAUAGCCAAAGAAGAUCUCCACCCACAACCAAACGUGAAUCGGAUGUGAAAAUGGACUUCCAAAGAAUUGAAUUGGCUGGAGCUGUUGGCAGCAAGGAAGAACUUGAAGUUGACUUCAAAAAACUAAAGCAAAUAAAAAAUAGAAUGAAAAAGACUGACUGGCUGUUUCUAAAUGCUUGUGUUGGAGUUGUAGAAGGUGAUUUAGCUGCCGUUGAAGCUUACAAGUCAUCAGGAGGAGAUAUUGCCCGCCAGCUUACUGCAGAUGAAGUACGCCUGCUAAAUCGCCCUUCUGCUUUUGACGUUGGGUACACGCUUGUGCAUCUGGCGAUACGCUUUCAGAGACAAGACAUGCUAGCAAUUUUGCUUACGGAGGUAUCGCAGCAAGCAGCGAAGUGCAUUCCUGCCAUGGUGUGUCCAGAGGUCACAGAACAAAUUCGUCGUGAAAUCGCUGCAUCUCUUCAUCAGCGAAAGGGAGACUUUGCUUGCUAUUUUCUGACUGACCUUGUAACGUUUACGUUACCCGCAGAUAUUGAAGACUUACCGCCCACAGUCCAAGAAAAGUUAUUUGAUGAAGUACUUGAUAGAGAUGUUCAGAAAGAGCUAGAAGAGGAAUCUCCCAUUAUUAACUGGUCACUGGAACUGGGUACGCGCUUGGACAGCAGAUUAUACGCACUUUGGAAUCGGACUGCAGGGGACUGCCUGCUUGAUUCAGUACUACAAGCCACUUGGGGCAUUUACGACAAGGAUUCAGUGCUGCGGAAAGCUCUUCACGACAGUUUACAUGACUGCUCACAUUGGUUCUACACACGCUGGAAAGAGUGGGAAUCGUGGUAUUCCCAAAGCUUUGGUUUACAUUUCUCAUUGCGAGAGGAACAGUGGCAGGAAGACUGGGCAUUCAUACUCUCUCUUGCGAGUCAGCCUGGAGCGAGUUUGGAGCAGACACACAUUUUUGUACUUGCACAUAUUCUUAGAAGACCAAUUAUAGUUUAUGGAGUAAAAUAUUAUAAGAGUUUCCGAGGAGAAACAUUAGGAUAUACCCGCUUUCAAGGUGUGUAUUUGCCUUUGUUAUGGGAACAGAGUUUUUGUUGGAAAAGUCCUAUUGCUCUGGGCUACACGAGGGGCCAUUUCUCUGCUCUGGUUGCCAUGGAGAACGAUGGUUAUGGCAAUCGAGGUGCUGGUGCUAACCUGAACACUGAUGAUGAUGUUACUGUUACCUUUCUACCGUUGGUGGAUAGCGAGAGGAAACUAUUGCACAUUCACUUCCUUUCUGCUCAAGAGAUAGGUAAUGAGGAGCAGCAAGAAAAGCUGCUGCGGGAAUGGCUGGACUGCUGUGUGACAGAAGGAGGGGUUCUCGUGGCCAUGCAGAAAAGCUCUCGCCGGCGCAAUCAUCCGCUGGUCACCCAGAUGGUGGAGAAGUGGCUUGAUCGCUACCGACAGAUCCGCCCUUGUACGUCCCUUUCCGAUGGUGAGGAAGAUGAGGAUGAUGAUGAUGAAUGAAGGAAUUG